CUGAAUUACGACUCAAUGGCUCAGCAAAGCAUUAAAGUGCGCCCUGUGCUGCUAAAGCGGAACAGCCUGGAUUCCGUUGAUUUUAAGAGUAAGCCCCACCAUCGCCGGAGCAAAUCUCAACAAGUCCGAUUCAAAGAUGAUGGAACAGACAAUUCACCAGUGGCAGAAUCAGAACUUGAAGCAGGAGCUGCUCAAGACUCAUGUGCACUGGGUAAAACGCAAACAUCCCAACCCCACAACCUAGUAAACAAUUCCCUCUGUGUACCUUCAUCUGACAAAGGAUUACAAAAUAUUGCCAUACAGACUUCUCCUAGCCUCAGGAAGCACUUUCCGGUAUUUAAAAAAAAAAGAAUUACAACAAGCAAGUCCUUAACAGAAAUGCCCCAAGAGUCUGAAUAUUCCAUUCAGGUCAAUGGCAAUAUUUCUGAACAGGACAUCAUCUCUUCUAGUCUCUCUUACUUAAGCAUUACACAGCAUUUAGAGGAUGGAACCAAUCUACUGUUCCAAAGGGUGCCUAAAGCACAAAGCAAUGGGCCUGUCUAUUUGGGUUCGGAUAAAAUUGCAAUACUGGAAAAGGCAACCAUUUCAACCCAGGUCCCCGAAUACACACAUCCAGGUUCUGCACAAGACCAUUUUCCUUUUUAUGUCCCAGAUACACCAAUGAACUUAAGCAGCUCAGUUCAUUAUUCGACAGCUAUGAGACAAUCCAAUGAGAACUGUUCACUGCUUACGGGAUCGGAGAAAUCUCUCCCCUACAUAAGUCAUAACUGUAAUGAAGCUAACGUGGGUAAUGAAGCCAACUAUGGUUCAUGUGAAGAAAAAAACUAUACUGAACUAUUUGCAUCUAAUGAUGACACUAGUACUAAGGGAACCAUUCUGUCAUCACCUCAGUUACACCACAGUCCAUUAUACUGCUCCCUCAAAGAACCUCAGCAGCCAAUACAGCAGAAAACAGACUCUGGACAUAAGACACAGACUAAUGAUUAUCAAGCAACAGAAUUCACCAAUAAUAAUGCAUCACCUUCUGUUUCCUCAUGUCAAAUGGCAACAGAGAACAUUUCUACCAAUACCAAAGUGCCACAGUAUGACAAAUGCAUAGAAGGCUUUUACAUAAAUGCUUAUCUUCCAGGGACUGAAAUAAAACCACAGAACAAAGAGAUUAAAGAAAUUAAUCAAAUACACUUGGCACAUAGCGAGCUGAGCGUCCUUCAAGACAGGCUCCAGUCCGUGGAGGAAUCUUUGCAGUCAAACCAGGAGAAGAUUAAAGUCCUUUUGAAUGUAAUUCAAGACAUGGAAAAGGCCAGAGCCCUCAAUGAAGGGCGGAACUUCUACCGCACUGGCCAAGAUCUCAACAAUUGCAGCACUUGCCAGAACACUGCAUGUAUCAUUUACAGUGUGGAAUAUGACUUCAGACAACAAGAAGGCAGGUUUCACCAAGUUUUGAAAACACUGGAUCAAGUGGAAGAGAUUGCGCCUGUGACGACUCUACAAAGGCAACCAUCUGACCACCCAGUCACUGAAAAACAGGAAUUAAGAAGGAAGUCCAAAAAAAAGAAAUGCUUCUGGUGGAUUUGAAGGCCUUAAAACCUGGGUAUGGA